AUGGUGUUGCUGAAACCACAGGAAUCGGAUUUUCAUGGUCUCGCGUGGGAGCAAACGCUCUGCUCCGAGCCCCGAUGGACUGUUGAACCUGACACUGGGGCUAUAAAGCAGACAGUACAGUCGCUCCGGCCAUCAAGCUCGGUUGAGGUGACUUUACUCGCCCAGGGUGCAUUCAACAAGAUCUACAAUGUCAGCAUAGAUGAUGAAACGCUUAUCAUGCGAGUCUCACUGCCCGUUGAUCCACGUUACAAAGUCAUGAGUGAAGUGGCAACAAUGGAUUGGGUGCGCCGCAUCACAAGCCUCCCAAUCCCUAGAAUUAUCACCUACCAAGCUUCCCGAGACAAUCUGAUUGGAUUUGAAUGGAUGCUUAUGACCAAAUUGCCUGGAAGGCCCUUCAGUGAAAUUCAGCAGUCUCUUUCCUUUGAUUUAAAGACACGCCUGAUUAGGGAGCUUGCGGCAAGCUCAGCUUGCCUUUUUCGAAAUCAACUACGCGGAAUUGGGAAUAUCUACCCAACAACAUCUAGCGAGGAAAUACUGUCCCCUAGACAGCUGACCGAUACCAAAAUAUCAGUUCCGGCAAAGGAACCCGUUUCAGAUGAUGGUAGCGCACCUAUGAGAAAGAACUCGGGAGUUCCUCUAUUCAAUUUGUCUGACAAAGGUUCUCCAGCAGGGGCCUUACCUGAGGUGGGCCGGAUUGUUUCUAUGCAGCUUUUCUGGGAUUCACGCCCAUUCCGCACAAGCAAGGACUGGAUCACCGCUCGUCUUCUAUGCAAUGAGAAUGAGUGUCAUUCGACUUUGAAUCAACAUUCGGCUGGAGAUCUUGAUAGCGACGAUGAAGCUGAAGUGGAAGACGCUACAAGAACGCUGAAAAUCAUUGACAAACUCAAAUCCCUUCUUCCUCUGGUUUUCCCAACGGACGAUGGUGAUUCAGAACCGUCCAUGUUAUUCCACGACAACCUCUGGGGACCCAAUAUCCUCGUUGAUGACACUGGGGAACUGACUGGCGUCUUAGACUGGGAGUGUGUUUCAGCGGUGCCUUUAUGGAAGGCCUGCUCCUAUCCUGAGCUUUUAGAAGAGCGACCACGACACUCAAAGCCUGUCCCUGGAGACUAUCGACCUGAAGAUAAUGGAGAACCAAAUGAACUGUACUUUGAGCACCUGUGGCACUACGAGACCACGCUUCUACGCGAUAUAUUCAUUGAUGAGAUGAGAACACUGGACGCAGGAUGGGUGGAAGUCUUUGAAAAGAGCCAGGUCAAAAGAGACUUUGACUAUGCGGUGCAUAACUGCGACAAUGAAUUCUCUGCUCGAGAUAUCGAAGCAUGGAUCGAAGAUAUCGCCACUGAUAUAAGCAAUCCGCGCAGCUUGGAUGAUAGGAUCUGGUCACUGUAG